AUGCUCCUCCCGGCCUCGGAUCUCGACGUUUUUUUUUUCAACCCAAUUUUGAUGGGGUGGUCAGUCAUUACCUCCAUCCAGAAGCGCCACCAGCACCACACAGCCCACUCGCCAUAUGAGUGGAAGGAGAGGAGGGAGUUCUCCCAUAACUGGAAGGCCAAGUUCCGCGGCAAUGCCCGGGUCAUCACCACAGACCUCGCCUGGACCAACCUCAUCACGCCACCCAACCCCAAGGUCACCACCACACUGGAGCAGGGCCUCGAGCUCAGCAAGCACCUCACGCUGCUCCAGGGCAUCCCCAAGGAUGGUGGGAAGGAUGGCCUCGACAUCCAGCCCGUCACCGUCUUCAACUCUGCUGACAAGGACCCAGAGCAGCUCCUCGUCUACAUGAGGGGGGGCUGA